AUGGCGCCCAAGCGCACCUUGUGUUGGGAUGAUCUCUCUCCCCUGAAGCGGCCUCGGGUCGCCGGGGGGUUCGAGAAGCUGCCCGAACCGCUGCUGGGGUCGAUCUUGGACUUUCUUGCGCCGAUCGCCCAUAAGGACGACGACCGGGUCGCGCAGUACAAUCGCAUGCGCGAGCGCAUGUACGGCCACCUCGCCUACAACCACGAGGUGAUGCCUCUGGCGCGCGACGCGGUCGCGCUGCUGGGCUCCUGCCGGGUGCUCCGCAGCAGCCCCCACUUCGCGAGAAUCGUCGUCUCCCUGAAAAUGCUGCACAACAGCUUCGUGAGUCUUUGUGGGGAGGUUCUCGCCCUCGAGUGCCGCUGCCCGCAGUACGAGCUCCGGGCGCUGAAAAUCACCGUGGAGCGGAUGCCCCCGGCACAGGGGAGGCGCCACGCUCUAGAGCAGUCGCUGCUCCGCCCCGAGGUCAAGGCGUCGAGGUCCAAGCGACGCUGCAAUCACCACGUGGCGCACUUCGCCGGCCUCAACCGAAUCACCGAUGAACCCGUCCGGGGUGAGAUGGACCAGGUCAUGGACGAGGGCAAGUUCAAGUUGCUCUGGGUCUAG